AAACAUUUCUCAAGUUUUAAUAAUUAUUUUUUGGAAUUUUGCAAAACAUAUAUAGAGAGAUAAUAAUAAGUAUGAAUGAAUCCAAAAAGAGACAAAAAGAAUAGAUGGAAAAAGAGACAGUCAUCUUUAAGAAAGAAGCCAAAAACAAAAACUUGCUCUUUUAAUCCCAACCCACACACCUCUCAAAUCCUCCUCUCCUCGUUUCUCUUUCUCUCCUCUUCACAGAACCAAAACAUAUCAAACCUUUUUUUCUCUUGGGUUUAAGUAAAAAUCGAAUCUUUGUGUCGGUUUUUAGGGUUCUUGAAACGAUAUGGGUAAGUCUAGUGGUAGAAAUGGUAACGGAAGCUUUAACGGCAAUAAAUUUCACGGAGUUAGACCUUACGUACGGUCUCCAGUUCCACGGCUUAGAUGGACGCCGGAUCUUCACCGUUGUUUCGUUCACGCCGUCGAGAUUCUCGGUGGUCAACACCGAGCAACACCAAAACUUGUUCUUAAGAUGAUGGAUGUGAAGGGACUUACCAUUUCACAUGUCAAAAGCCACCUUCAGAUGUAUAGAGGAGGUUCAAAGCUCACUUUGGAGAAACCAGAAGAAAGCUCAUCAUCUUCAAUAAGAAGAAGACAAGACAGUGAAGAAGAUUAUUAUCUUCAUGACAACUUGUCUUUACACACAAGGAAUGAUUGUCUUUUGGGUUUUCACUCUUUUCCUCUUUCUUCACAUUCUUCAUUUAGAGGAGGAGGAGGAGGAAGAACAAAAGAGCAGCAGACUUCAGAGUCUGGUGGUUAUGAUGAUGAUGCUGACUUUCUUCACAUCAAGAAGAUGAACGAUACGACGACGUUUUUGUCACAUCAUUUCCCCAAGGGAACAGAGGAGUGGCGGGAACAAGAACACGAAGAAGAAGAAGAAGAUUUGUCGUUGUCUCUGUCGUUAAAUCAUCAUCAUUGGAGAAGCAAUGGAUCAUCGGUGGUGAGCGAAACGAGUGAAGCAGCAGUCUCGACUUGUUCAGCACCAUUCGUAUCCAAAGAUUGCUUUGGUUCUUCAAAGAUUGAUCUUAAUCUGUCAAUUUCUCUCCUCGGUAGCUAAAUAAGUUAUGCAAGAUUUAGGUUCAGAGAAACUAUUCGGAUGUGUUUUUGAAACUAGGAUAUUGAAUGUUAGUAGAGAAACCUAGAAAAUGAAGUUUAGAUAAAUUAUCAACGCAGCGUUUUGAUCGCCUUUGAACGGAAAAUUAACAAACAGAGCCAAACGCAGUGUUUUGAUCUUUGAAGGAUAACCCCUAAACGCAGCGUUUCUAUAUCAAGAUCCUACGGUUUAGAAUGUUCAUUGUUAUUUUGGUC